CUCCGUCAUAGUGUGCAACCGGGAUCGCCAGAAUCGUAGUGGCACAAGUCUGCCAAUCGGUCGGGUUCAAGUCGGCGAAAACCCCGACCCUAAAAACCCUAACCCACAUAUCCGUUCUCUACUUGAAAACCCUAGCCAAGGCAGCAACGUCGUACUCCAACGACUGCAAUCGCAUACAAUUGAAUGUGCUCGACGUCAUCAAUACACUCCACAACUUCGGAUCGACGGAGGGAUUCACCGGGGCGUCCGAGCUCCAUGGCUGCUGUCGACUAAGAUCCAGCGCGAUGAAGGACGCUGAUCAUUUCUUGAAUACUAUGGACGAGGUCCCCUUUGCUAAGCCCCCUCUCGAGGGCCAACGGUUCAAAUUCGUCUCACGUGUCGGGGGUUUCGGGUGUGCAGCUGAGGGGAAAUCAUAUUCCUGAGUGGUUGCCGGAUUUUCCUGAGGAGAGCACGUAUAUGAAGGAGGGUCUUGAGGAAAAAGUGGAGUUGGCAUUGUGGGAGAGGUCAGCUACCGACAGAGAAGGAGAUGGAAAGGGAGUUGGUGAGACAACCGGCGAAGGUAGUGGAGGAGAGUUGAGAAGUGAGAGGGAAAGAGUGAAGUUCCAUAUGCGCAUAAGAGAAGAAACAAUCCUCAUGGCGAAGAAGAGAAGAAGAAUGGAUACUAUCGACGUGAGAGGGAAAGAGUGAAGUUCUAGAUACGCAAAAGGGAAGAAACAACCCCCAUGGUGAAGAAGAAGAAGAAGAAGAGAAGAGCAAUGGAUGCCAUCAACGUGAUCACCUUCGCGAAGCCCAUCCCGAGAGCGAACAUCUCAAACGUGCCGGGUUUGGGUGUGCAGCUGAGGGUUAAACAUAUUUCGGAGUGGUUGCGGGACUUUCCUGAGGAGAGCAUGUUUAGGAAGGAGAGUUUUGAGGGAAAAGUGGACGGAUGGAAAGUGGAGUUGGCAUUGUGGGAGAGGUCACUUACCAGCGAAAGAAACAGAGAGAGAAGUGGUGAGACAACUAGCAAAAGGAGUGGAGAAGAGUUGAGAAGUGAGAGGGAAAGAGUGAAGUUCCAUACCCUCAUGCCGAAGAAGAGAAGAACAAUGGAAAGGUGA